ACGCCGCAAGGCGACCACGUUCCCUCCCUAUUCUCUCCCAUCUCAUUAUCGGCGGCAACCUCAAUCAUUAACAGUUAAACUACUGGCCAAACCCGGCAAUAUAUACCCCUGCAGGCCCAUCUCCUAAGCACACCAUCAAAGUGCCUGUUCCUGAGCCAGCAGCAUCUGUCUCUUGCUUCAUCAGCUAGGCGCCCGGCCGCGCGGACCAGGCUCCAGGAGACCAAAAAUGAAGCUCUCGGUGGCAGUCCUCUGCGCGCUUCUGGCUGUCCAGGCGGCGGUGCUCCUCGCCACCGUGCCGACGUCGCAGGCCAGCGAGCUGGAGGUCGGGUACUACAGCAAGAAAUGCAAGGGCGUGGAGAACGUGGUGAAGUGGCACGUGAUCAAGGCGCUCAAGGCCAGCCGCCGCACCGGCGCCGCUCUCGUCCGCCUUCUCUUCCAUGACUGCUUCGUCAGGGGAUGCGAUGGUUCUGUCCUCCUGGACGCUUCCUACGACAACCCUCAUCCGGAGAAGGAGGCGCCGGUGAACAUCGGCCUCGCCGCCUUCGACCUCCUGGAGGAGAUCAAGGCCGCUGUCGAGAAGAGGUGCCCCGGCGUCGUCUCCUGCUCGGACAUCCUCAUCUACGCGGCCCGCGACGCGGCCAGCGUCCUCAGCAACGGCCACGUCCACUUCGCCGUCCCCGCCGGCCGCCUGGACGGCUUCGUCUCCAAGGCCGAGGAGGCCCAGGCGGAGCUCCCGGACUCCAACCAAGACGUGCAGCAGCUCAUCGACAACUUCGCCAGGAAGAACUUCACGGUGGAGGAGCUCGUCAUCCUCACCGGGGCGCACUCCAUCGGCCAGGGCCACUGCUCGUCCUUCACCGGCCGCCUCUCCGAGCCAUCGCAGCAGAUCACCCCGGCGUACCGCGACCUGCUCAACUACAAGUGCUCCCAGGGGUCCAACCCGCCCGUGGACAACAACGUCCGCGACGAGGACUACGACGUGGUGGCGAGGUUCAUGCCGGGGUUCACCAGCCGGGUGCGCAAGAUCCCCGACUUCCUGGACAACUCCUUCUACCACAACAACCUGGCCAAGAUCGUCACCUUCCACUCCGACUGGACGCUGCUCACGCACAAGGAGGCGUUCGGCCACGUCGUGGAGUACGCCGAGAACGCCACGCUAUGGGACGAGGACUUCUCGGACUCGCUGCUCAAGCUCAGCAAGCUGCCCAUGCCGAAAGGAAGCAAGGGAGAGAUCAGGAAGAAGUGCAGCGUCGUUAACCACCGCUUAUACUAAGCCUGCCAGAUGCCGUGGAAAUCGAAGAAAGAGGUCGUGCCAGCACAACACAUAUAUAUCAACCAUCGGAGAUCAGAAAGCCAUAAGGUUGCGCUUUUUUGUUUCAUCCAUUCUUUUGAUUAUCAUUCGUUUGUGCUACACUCAUCUUUUUGUGUAUUUCUCAUGCAUAUCUGUCAAACUGCAAUAAAACUUUGUUCCUGAUAUGUGC